AUGUCACCUUCCGCCAUUAUUACCUACGAAAACAAUAACAAUCUUGAUAGUAUCGAAUCAUACUAUCCCAAAGAUUCUUAUAUUGAACUCAAUGGCGUGAAUACCGCAAAAACUAUAAUUGGAAAUGCUUUAAAGCAAAGGGUGGAAAAUAUUGAUAACGAUGUCUGCGAGGCAGAUGACGAAGAUGCGUUCUUCGUCGCUGAUCUAGGCGAGGUUUACAGACAGCACAUGAGGUGGAAGAAGAAUUUACCCAGAGUCAAACCGUUUUAUGCGGUCAAAUGCAACCCAGACCCACAAGUCAUUCGUCUCUUGGCAGAACUUGGCACAGGAUUUGAUUGUGCUUCCAAGGGCGAGAUAGAGCAAGUCCUCAAGGCUGGCAUCGACCCUACCCGUAUUAUUUAUGCUCAACCAUGCAAGACGAACUCCUACGUUCGAUAUGCUGAGAAGCAAGGAGUCAAGCAAAUGACAUUCGACAACAGCGAUGAGUUAUACAAGAUUAAGAAAUUGUUCCCAGGAGCUGAACUAUUUCUCCGGAUCUCUACCGAUGACUCCUCGAGCUUGUGCCGAUUGAGCUUGAAAUUUGGAGCAGCAAUGGAUGCAACAAGUAGUCUCCUUGCUCUAGCCAGAGAACUUGACCUCAACGUUGUUGGCGUUAGCUUUCAUGUAGGAUCCGGUGCCUCAGACCCUCUUGCAUUCAGGAAGGCAGUUCAGGAUGCUCACACCGUUUUCGAACAAGCUCGCACUUAUGGCUACUACAUGCACACCCUCGACGUCGGUGGAGGUUUCUGCACUGAGACAUUUGAAGUAAUGGCUUCCGCACUUAGUGAUGCCCUCGAGGAAUAUAUGCCAAAACAUAUCAAAAUUAUCGGAGAACCUGGACGUUACUAUGUCGCCAAUGCUUUCACGCUCGCUUGUAACGUCAUUGCACGCCGAACUGUCGAAGACCCAGAAACAUUGGAAAAGAGUUACAUGCUUUACCUAAAUGAUGGUCUUUACGGCAAUUUCUCUAGCAUCAUGUUUGAUCAUCAAAACCCAAUUGCUCAGGUCCUUCACACUGGCAACCGCUCUUACUUUGAUACUCUGGCAAGUCACGCAACCCUCAAAGGCACCGAGUACUCAAUCUGGGGCCCAACUUGCGACGGUAUUGAUCGCAUCUCUGCAAGCAUUCGCUUCAAUCACAAUCUUGACGUUGGAGACUGGCUCUAUUUUGAGAGUAUGGGUGCAUACACUAAGUGUUCUGCAACGAGAUUCAACGGCUUCACAGAUAGCCAUGAUGUUAUCUAUGUUUCUAGUGAGCCAGGAUACCAUAACCCCAAUAAUUCCAAUAAGAGCACAUACAACAUGGCGUUAGAAAAAGAUAUGAGGGAAUACCUCCUCCCUUUAGACACACCCACAAGAAAUCAACGACGCCGUUAUAGAGAUCACCUGACAUUCCUCCCACUUCUUGCCUCGACCCUCUUCGUCGCAAUUGUGAUCACCUAUUUCUCAUCCCAAUCCAUCCAUCGCCAUCGGGAAUUCCAGCUCACAUCCGAAUCUCUCCAUCAAUGCACUUGGUCGCACUUGGAAAAAUAUGAGCAGCUUCUGGAUGUAAAACCGAUUGCUCGAGAGGAAUUUCUAGAGAGACAGAGGAUUUUGGCGGGGGUGUUGGGAGAGGAUGGGGUAGAUGCGUUUAUUGCGGAGCCGUCGGCUUCGACGGAGUAUUUUGGGAAUGUGUCGAGCGCGUUUGAACUUUCUGAGAGGCCGUUUUUGGUUGUUUUGGAUAAGGAGGGGGGAGCGACGUUGCUGGUGCCGAAGUUUGAGAGGGGGAGGAUAGGGGCUUUGGAUAUGGUUUUUGAGGAGGAGACAAAGAGGAUUGUGGAGUGGAGGGAGGAGGAAAAUCCUUACGAGGUGUUGCGUAGAGAGAUGGGGUUGGAGAAGGUGGUGUUGGAUGAACAUGUUCGGUUUAUGGUGGCGGCGGGAUUGCAGGAUGUGGGAGUGGAUGUGCAACUGAUGAGUUUGGAAAUGAAGGAAUUGAGGGCUGUGAAGAGUGAGACGGAGUUGGAUAUUCUGAGGGGUGUAAAUGAGUUUACGGUGCAGCUGGUGAGGAGUUUGCAGAAAUGUAUCAGGGUGGGUAUGAGUCAGGAAAGUAUUGUGGAAGCUGCCGAGGGCCUUUUUACACAAGCGGGUGUUGGGGCUGGGUUUUGGUCAAUAGUUCUUUUUGGCGAACAGGCUGCUAAUCCGCAUGGAGGUGGUAAGGGACGGGUUCUUAGGGAUGGAGAAUUUGUGUUGGUGGAUAUAGGGACUUCGUUGCAUGGGUAUGGAAGUGAUGUGACUCGUACUAUUCUCCCAUCCACAUCCACAGUUGAUCAGGAGUUGAUGGAUAUAUGGCAUUUGGUAUACGAUGCACAGACAGCGGCCAUUGAGAAGAUGAACAUCAACGAGACGUGUUCGGUUGUGGAUGAGACGGCUAGGAAUGUUAUCAAAGCGAAGGGGUAUGGAGAGUUUUUCACACAUCGAUUAGGCCAUGGAUUAGGGUUGGAAAUGCACGAACAUCCAUAUCUCAAUGGGGUUAAUGCAGAGAAAUUGAAGAAAGGAGAAGUCGUUACCAAUGAACCUGGAAUCUACAUGACCUCCUCCCAAGCCACCAAACUCGGCAAAAAAGUUGGCUUCGGCGUGAGAAUCGAAGACGCGGUUUUGGUUACGGAGAAGGGAGGUAGAGUGAUGACGGGAUCGCGCGCAAAAUCUCCUUAUGAACCUUGA